AAACCCUAGGUAAAACAUUACAGUUCUGUAAAAGAGGAAAAGGAGGAGAAGGGGAUCAAAUCGUGAUAGGAUUUCUCAUUGUCUCAUCUUCCAUUCGCAAAGAAGGAGAUGGAGAGGGAGAAAGGAGGAAGGUAGCUGGUCUAGUGUUUUCCAUGGUAAGAGGAGAAAUCACAGAGAACUGUAGCAGAUAAGGAAAACGAAAACGAAAACAAAAACUAGGCAGGAGAAGGAGAGGAUGAUUUUGGAUGAUUUAUAAAGAUUUGGGGUUUCUGGAAGCUGGGAUUUUUCUGCUUGAUUUUUCGUUGGAGGCUUAAAUUUUGCCCCUGAGUUGAUUCAUCGGGUCGAUCCCUUUAACGUUCAUCGUCACUUGGAGAUCGUUUGGACCUGUUUGAUGUUUCUUUUGUAUUUGUUGAGCUUAUCUAGAUAUUCUUAGUGACAAAGGCUUUUUAUUUAUCGUUUGGACCCGUUUGAUGUUUGAUGUUUGAUGUUUCAUUUUACUUUUUCUGUUAAGCUUCAUUCACGCCUUGAUGCUCAAAUCUGUUCGCAUGGGUAACAUUUCUUCUGGAAAUUAUGUUUCCAUUGAUUACUUGGGCUUGUUUCAUGCUUUAUCAAAAGCAUAUGAGGAAUUUUAGCCCUUCUUUUUGUUCUUGAACUUUGAAGGGACUUUGAAGGUACCCUACAGCAAGAUCGAAGCAUGUGACUUACUUUCACAAAGCUUUUUAGUGGGCUUUUUGCCAUGAAAGAGAUGCAAAUUCUAACGGCUACUUCUCUAUGAAUGGAAAACAAGAAACUCUAUAACGAUUUGGCUCUCCACCUCCUCCUCCCUCCUCAAUUUCUCUCUGGUACUUUAUUGGUUCUCCUCUGGGAUAAGGACGAGAGAGCGUCAUAGAUCCGAGGGAGUCCAGUUUUCUCUAUCUGGGUCGGGUUGAGUUGCUGAGUGUACCCAUUAGAACCAAAUGGGUUGGUUGUUCAAGACCGUCAGAUUAAAGAAGUACCACGUGUCACGCUGUAAACUCGUUGGAGACUAGCCAAAUCCGAUUUUGCGUAUGUGCAAGAAUAAGCAUUUAAUGGUAGAGAAUCUCUGUCCAGCCACAAUGUAGCAGGUAGCGUCAAGAGUUUCAAUCUUCAACUUCCCUGUUAAUUCAGGUUAACCUAAUCAGAUUUUUCUCUUUCUUGUAGGUGGGACUUGGGAGUAGAACAGCUGUGUUGAAAUUGAAGUAAUUUUAUUAGUUUUAACUUUCAACCGACACUUUUUGCAACGAAACCGUUGGAAGGGAUUGAUAAAUGACACCUUCUUGGCUGUUGGUUGAUGCUUAUUUGUCUUCUUAAUGAACCCAUUUCGAAUCACGUCUAGGUUCAAUGCCUUCUGUAUAUAAUUCAACUCUCACUGGAUUAAGGGAAAUUAGGUGUUGAGAUUCUUAAGAAGUUCGCUGAAUCCAUGGGGGAACUAAUGGGAAGUAAUGAAUUAGUUUCUGAUUUAGAGAAAACUAAUGAGAAUAGAUUGGUUCGUGAACCCUAUGGUUCUGUUGUUCUUGGAGGAACCUUUGAUCGUUUGCAUGAUGGUCAUCGUCUUCUUCUGAAGGCAGCGGCAGAGCUUGCCAGGGAUCGGGUGGUUGUGGGGAUUUGUGAUGGACCAAUGAUUGCUAAGAAAGAGUUGGCAGAGCUAAUUGAGCCUAUUGAGAUGAGGAUGAAAGCUGUGGAGUAUUACAUCAAGUCCAUUAAAGCAGGAUUGAAUGUGAAAACGGAAGCUAUAGUGGAUCCUUAUGGCCCAUCAAUUGUUGAUGAAAACUUGGAUGCUAUUAUUGUCAGCAAAGAAACUAUGGCUGGAGGAAUCUCUGUUAACAAGCGAAGAGCUGAGAAAAGUCUGCCACAAUUGGAGAUUGAGGUAGUGGAUCUUUUACCUGAAGAAAAUAGUGGUGAAAAACUAAGUUCAACCGCAUUGAGGAGACUCGAUGCUGAGAAAUCCAAGUUGCAGACCAACAUGGUGCACGGUCAGGGAGAAUCAAUGACAAAUAAAUAAACCUGAUCUAUGUUGAGGCCGGAAGAGAAUUUAGUGGCGGCAGGGUGGUGAGAAGCAUGCAGAAUCACUUAAGCUCCUUAAUACUGACUAUGAUAAACAGGAAGUUCUGUUGGCUGCUUCUAAUAGGAUGGAGUUUUGGGAGGAGCGACAGAAGUAUUUACAGAAUAUGUUAUGCCAUUACUGCAACAGGGCAAAGAUGGUGGUAUCAGUGUACUGAAUGAUUAAGAUUCAGAAAUAUGAUCCACGGAAGAUAUCUUUUGUUUGAGAUUGAAUUUACAACAGAUUGGUGUUUCUUCGCUUUAUUAUUUUCUUGGUGACCUUUCGAAAAUACAUGAAUGAAGCAUUUGAAUUGAGAUUUAA